UCACAGCUUCUCCUGCUGGUCACGUCAUUUCUCCACCUCCCCCUCCACCGUCCCCGGCGGCCGGCCGGGCGUCGCGUCCGUUCGCGAGGGCCGCGCUUGCUCCCCCUCGGCAAUGGCGGCGCCGGACAAGCCGGGGCGACCGCUUCCCAAGUUCGGGGAGUGGGACGUGAAGAACCCGGCGACGGCCGAGGGCUUCACCGUCAUAUUUCAGAAAGCCCGCGACGACAAGAAGACGUCCGGCCCCGGGAACCUGCAGGCGGGCAUACCGCCGGCCUUCAGGGCCGACCACGGCAGCGCCGGCGACGGCGGGCACAGGUACGGCGGCAGCCACCAGGACGGCACGCCGCCCAAGCGCGUCAAGAGGAAGUGGGCUUUCUGUGGCUGCUGAUUGAAUGCUCGCUGCUGCUGCUGCCGUUGAUCAAAACCAAGAAGGGGGAGACCGUGAAUCGUGCCGCACCGGAAGCGAAUACAUGAUGGGGGCCGCCGGGGCAGACGAGAAAACAUUUCGGCCGUGGUGUUUCGUCUUGUUCCAACCUUUUUUUUGCUCACCUCGACCUAGGAACAAAAGCUCAUCUCGACCUAGGAACAUAAUGGCUUGUGAUGUAACAUCAUUCAACUUUAUUAGCCUCGGCUGCAAGAGUUCACGCUGAA